AUACACAACACAGCUCUGGAGAGCUACAGAAGCACAAGAUCUCUGAGUAACUCCCUUUGAAAAUACUUGUGAUGUUUCUUGCUAAGGCUUUGCUGAGUGGAGGAAGUGGUAGUGGUCAAGGAGAGAGCCUUGUACGUGGCCUAGGAGGUCUCCUAACAGGAGGUGGACAUGGAGGAAAUCUUGGAGGACUUGUUGGAGGUCUUGUGAAUCUGAUAAGUGAAGCAGCAGCUCAGUAUAAUCCGGAGCCGCCACCACUUCCUCGCAACCAUUUUACGAAUGUGGAGGCUUCUGAGAGUGAGGAAAUUAGACAGUUCCGUCGCCUUUUUGUCCAGCUGGCUGGAGAUGAUAUGGAAGUGUCCGCUACAGAGCUAAGAAAUAUCCUGAAUAAAGUGCUUUCCCGACAUCAAGACUUGAAGACAGAUGGCUUCAGCUUAGACACAUGCCGCAGCAUGGUAGCUGUCAUGGAUACCGACACAAACGGCAAACUGGGCUUUGAAGAGUUUAAGUACCUGUGGAACAACAUCAAGAAAUGGCAGUGUGCGUACAAGCGCUGUGAUACCAAUCAGUCAGGCAUUCUUGAGAGAGCUCAGCUGCCAGCAGCCUUGCGGGCUGCAGGGUUCCAGCUGAACGAACAGCUCUGCCAGGUAAUCAUGCGCAGGUAUGCCAGCGAGGAUGGCAGCAUGGAUUUUAACAAUUUCAUUAGCUGCUUGGUGCGACUGGACAGCAUGUUCCGGGCCUUCAAGUCACUGGACCGCAAUGGAAAUGGGCAGAUCAAAAUGACCAUUGAAGACUGGCUGCAGCUGACCAUGUAUUCGUGAAAACAAAGCAGAAGAGGAUAAGCUUCAUUUGAAAGAUAGACAUGGAAGACUACAGUGCUGUUGUAUUAUAGAACUGUAGCCGUUUCUUUAUUGUAAGGCAGAUAUAGCUAAAGAUACUUUGCUUAGCUGUGAUUCCUCUUGUGUAUGCAGUUAGUCUUCUUUUCUGAAGUUUGUGUAAGUUGUCAGUUGUACAGAUGUAAAAAUUAUAUCUGGAUUCUGAAAUGAGGGAAUAUGUUGAAGGAUCAAAGCUUAGUUACUUCUUACGGAAUGUGGGCUUAUAAAGGAGUUUAAGUAUUAUAUAAAAAAACUUGAAGCUUGGUAGUGUUUGGUGAUAUUACUGUGCCAAUUUGUCAGCAUUCACUUAGCUGAAAUAAAGCUGUGCUUGCCUGAAGGCAGUCACUGGUAAAGUUCA